GGACGACGAUGACUCUGACUACCCUGAAGAGAUGGAGGAUGAAGACGAUGCCAGUUAUUGCACUGAGAGAAGCUUCAGGAGCCACAGCACCUACAGCAGCACCCCAGGUAGGAGAAGACAAAGAGUACACCGUCCUCGUUCUCCAAUAUUGGAAGAAAAAGAUAUCCCACCCUUGGAGUUUCCUAAAUCCUCAGAGGACUUAAUGGUGCCUAGUGAGCAUAUAAUGAAUGUUAUUGCCAUCUAUGAGGUACUAAGGAACUUUGGCACUGUUUUACGCCUCUCUCCUUUUCGUUUUGAGGACUUCUGUGCCGCUCUGGUAAGUCAAGAGCAGUGCACACUUAUGGCAGAGAUGCAUAUAGUGCUUUUAAAAGCAGUUUUACGUGAAGAAGACACUUCAAAUACUACCUUUGGACCUGCUGACCUCAAAGAUAGCGUUAAUUCCACUUUGUAUUUCAUAGAUGGAAUGACGUGGCCAGAGGUUCUGCGGGUAUAUUGUGAGAGUGACAAGGAAUACCAUCAUGUUCUUCCUUACCAAGAGACAGAGGACUAUCCUUAUGGACCAGUAGAGAAUAAAAUCAAAGUUCUGCAGUUCUUAGUGGAUCAGUUUCUUACAACAAACAUUGCACGUGAAGAGUUAAUGUCAGAAGGUGUUAUUCAGUAUGAUGAUCAUUGUAGGGUUUGUCACAAACUUGGGGAUUUGCUUUGCUGUGAAACUUGUUCAGCUGUGUACCAUUUGGAGUGUGUGAAACCACCUCUUGAAGAGGUACCAGAAGAUGAAUGGCAGUGCGAGGUCUGUGUAGCACAUAAGGUGCCUGGAGUAACUGACUGUGUUGCUGAAAUCCAAAAAAAUAAACCAUACAUUCGACAUGAACCUAUUGGAUAUGACAGGCAUAGACGAAAAUACUGGUUCCUGAACAGAAGAAUCAUUAUAGAGGAAGAUUCAGAAACUGAGAAGGAUAAGAAAAUCUGGUACUAUAGCACAAAGAUACAGCUAGCAGAGUUAAUAGAAUGCCUAGACAAAGAUUACUGGGAAGUUGACCUAUGCAAAACUCUGGAAGAAAUGCGUGAAGAAAUUCAUCGGCACAUGGAUGUGACAGAAGACCUUACUAAUAAAGCAAGGGGCAACAACAAGUCUUUCCUUUCUGCAGCAAAUGAUGAAAUUUUGGACAUUAUCAGAGCAAGAAAAGGAGAAAUAGUGGAAGAUAAAAACACAGCAGAUGAUGAAGCAGAAAAGCCCAAAAGUGACGUUGAUAAUGAUCAGACAGAUGCUGAGAAAGACAAGGAAGAGUCUGGAGAGCGAGAGAAAAUUGAUGAAACGCCCACUGAGCAAGAUGCGGAAAAAGUGAAAACAGAAGAGGCAACAGUCGUUGGGGAUAAAAGUAACUCUGUGACAUCAAGCACUGAUGACAACAACACAAAUCCUUCUGCAGGAGAGACUAGUUGCUCUGAAGGGAAGAACGCAAUGGGGUGUCAGUCAGAAACCCUUGAUAGCAACAACAUGGCAGAGAAGAAGGUGGCAUCAGAGCUCCCUCAGGAACUCUCAGAAGAAACUGGUCAGAUGAUCCCUAGCAACAGUAGCAGUGCAUCAGCUGCACCUCUACAGUCAGAUGUUGAAAACAGCAACGGUAGUGAGUUGGGCUCUGGGCAGAAUGACUCCAUUAAGACAUCUGAUGAUGCUGAAAAUGCAGAGAGGGGAUCCCAGACUUCAGAGGACAUAGGAGAGAAAUCUAAUGGUGAAAGAAGUGAUUCUCCAGGCGCAGGAAAAGGCACGCCAGGUUCGACGCGAAUGCUCACAAGAUUACGAAAUCCAGAUAGCAAGUUGAGCCAGAUGAAAAGCCAGCAGGUUGCUGCUGCAGCACAUGAAGCAAAUAAGUUAUAUAAAGAAGGCAGAGAGGUUCUGGUGGUCAACUCUCAAGGUGAAGUCUCCCGAAUGAACACAAAGAAGGAAGUUGUGAUGAAAGGAAAUAUCAACAAUUAUUUCAAAUUAGGGCAGGAGGGGAAGUAUCGUGUUUAUCAUAAUCAGUAUGCCACUAAUUCAUUCGCAUUGAACAAGCACCAGCACAGGGAGGAUCAUGACAAGAGACGACAUCUCUCGCAUAAAUUCUGUUUGACUCCUGCUGGAGAGUUCAAAUGGAAUGGGUCUGUACAUGGGUCCAAAGUUCUUACCAUAUCUACUUUGAGGCUAACUAUUAUUCAGCUAGAAAACAAUAUCCCGGCAUCAUUCCUUCACCCUAACUGGGCUUCCCACAGGUCUAACUGGAUUAAGGCUGUUCAGAUGUGCAGCAAACCUAGAGAAUUUGCACUAGCGCUGGCUAUAUUGGAAUGUGCAAUUAAACCCGUUGUCAUGCUACCAAUCUGGCGGGAAUCGUUGGGGCACACUAGAUUACGCAGAAUGACAGCAAUAGAAAGAGAAGAAAAGGAGAAAGUGAAAAAAAAAGAGAGAAAACAAGAAGAAGAAGAAACAAUGCAGCAAGCUACAUGGGUGAAAUAUACAUUUCCUGUCAAACAUCAGGUUUGGAAGCAAAAAGGAGAGGAAUAUAGAGUAACAGGAUAUGGUGGCUGGAGCUGGAUUAGUAAAACACAUGUCCACAGGUUUAUGCCCAAGCUACCUGGAAAUACUAAUGCAAAUUACAGAAAGUUGUUACCAACAAAGAGUGAAGAUGAAAAAUGCAACUUGGAUAAACGAAAAGGUCCAAUUAAGGUAAAAACAGAGAAAGAUAAAACAAAGGAUUCUCAUGAUCCGCAAGCAAAAGACAAAGCAGAUGUUUCAGAAACCAUAGAGAAAGUACAAGUGAAAGAAGAAAAGUCACAUGAAGGAAAAGAAGUUGAUACAAUUUCUGAAAACUUAGAUCAUGCAAAAGACAAAGUGGAAAAUGGUGAAAAUGAUAAAGUCAUCAAGGAAGAACCUAUGGAUAUAGAUGAUGUGAAAAUUGAAUCACCCAUAAAAGAUGAGGAUAGUGACUGUAAGCUGGAUAUAAUCAAUGUCAGCGAGGGAUUUCAUUUAAGGACUUGCUACAAACGGAAAGUAAAAUCAUCAAAAUUAGAUGGACUACUUGAGAGGCGAAUAAAACAGUUUACACUGGAAGAAAAACAACGCCUAGAAAGGAUGAAACUGGAGGCUAGUGCUAAAACUGUAGGCAUUCGAUCUGUAAGCCCCCAGAAAAACACAGAUGAGCUACAAAUGAGAAAAGUAAAAGAAGGAAACCAGUUUGGCAUGUCUUCCCAAGAUCAAACCUAUAUUUCAGAUAAGAGCCAAACUGAAGAUGCAGAACAGGACUGCUUGCCGAUCAGCAGCAUCUCUUGUACCAAACCUGGUGAGCUAGAUGAACCCUCUUUGCCUUUGACAAACAGGCUAUCGAAAAGAGAAGGCCAGCUACUGGAUGAAGACUCGCCUCAGUCCUCAGAAGGUGAAAGCUCCAUUCAGAAUGAUAGUAAAGAAAACAACCCUGAACCUAUGACUGAUAAGUGUCAAGGACAAGAGACUCCUGGGGAGUCUGAGAGUUCCUUUGUAGAUGGCUUGAAACAAACAAAAGCAAAAGGUAGAAUCAAAUGGGAUGUUUCAGAAACAAGCGAAGAACCUUUGAAACAAAAGGUAGCUAUUACCAGAGUAUCUCAGCAUGAAUGUGAAAACUUAGAGCCAGUGAUAACUGAAAACAGCUGUAGAAAAGAUACGCUGGCCACUCUUGAAAAAACAGAUUCAGAAGGGAAUUCUGAACAGCAGAGCAAAGAUCCAGAAAACAAUUGUAUGAUAAAAAGCCAUAUUGAACCAAUGUCCUCUCAAGAAAGUGAAAUGGAGGAAGAAAUUGCUCCAGUAAAGACUGAAAGUAAAUCUGAAAACAAGAUUAUAUUUCACCAAAAAUCAGUUAGUAAAGAUCUAGAACCAUUUAAAACAGAGCUAAUUUCUGAAAGAAACCUUGCAAGUCAAACUCUGGAACACAUGGAUGGGGUAGAAGUUGAUGAGGAUUUACUGAGCUCUAAACUAACUGAGGCUAAUGGUCAAAAGAAAGGUCAGGAACUGAAAGUGGGGACAGGCACCAUAAACAAAUGUCUUGAUCAGACAAAUCUAAAAAGUGUUUCUGACAAAAAGAAUAAUAAAGAUGAAGAAACUGAGACAGACUUAGAAAAAGAAAAAUCAGCAUUUCAAAUGAACGGAAAAGACAGUGAUGUUAAAGUAUUAUCAGAUGAUGACUGCUUUGUUAAAGAUGCCUGUGAAACUAAGGCAGGGGGUGAUAUUGAACCAAAAGUUAAUAAUAUUAAUAAAUCCAUUCCAGAACAUGAAAUAAAACCAUUGACUUUUAAGGAAUCUUCAGUGAAACCAUUCAUGAAUGGUGACAUCAUGAUAGAGGACACAAAGGACAAAAAUAAUGUGGACUUUAAGUCACGUUUGCAGAGCUCACCUGGGUUUGAAUCUGGAGAGGGUCUUCAGCCACCAGAUGGAGUUCCCAAGUAUGUGCAGAAAACUGAAGAAAAACCGCUUUCUCCUGAGAGAUCUGCCUUUGUUGGCACUGCUUCCACGCCAACGCAUGCUGUCUGUAAAGAAAAUAAGCUGAAUAGUGAAACAGAAUCUAUGGAAACUGAAGUAAUUGAGGAUAAGAAAGUUGCUCCAUCGCCUGUAACCUCAUGUGAGGAAUCUAGCUUGAGUAGUCACUUUGCUGAUCAAAAUGGUGUACAGACAUAUAAAAUGGAAAAUAUUAAUGGAGAAAGUAAAAUAAAAACUGUUAUUACUGAAGUGACUACCACAACAUCAACUGUGUCCACAGAAUCCAAAACUGUGUUUAAAGUUGCAGAGACUGUAGCUUCUAAUGAUGAGAAAACAACAGUAGUAUCAUCUACAGAAAAUUGUGCCAUAUCCACUGUAACUACCACCACUACUGUAACUAAGCUUACCACUCCAGCUACAGACAGUAACGUUGAUGUCAUUUCUGUACAAGAGCAUAGUAAAACAGUGGUUACAACAACAGUAACUGAUUCACUGACCACCCCAGAAGGCACGUUGGUGACUUCUAUGACUGUCAGCAAAGAAUAUUCUACAAAAGACAAAGUGAAGUUAAUGAAAUUUGCAAGACCCAAAAAAACUCGUUCUGGAACUGCCUUACCAUCUUAUAGAAAAUUUGUUACCAAAAGCAGUAAAAAAAGCAUAUUUGUUUUACCCAAUGAUGACUUAAAAAAAUUGGCCAGGAAAGGAGGGAUCAGAGAAGUUCCCUAUUUCAAUUACAAUGCAAAGCCUGCCUUGGACAUAUGGCCAUAUCCAUCCCCAAGGCCAACCUUUGGGAUCACUUGGAGGUACCGACUUCAAACAGUAAAAUCAUUGGCUGGAGUGAGCCUUAUGUUGCGGUUAUUGUGGGCCUGUCUCAAAUGGGAUGAUAUGGCAGCAAAAGCUCCACCUGGGGGAGGAACUACACGUACAGAAACAUCUGAAACUGAAAUUACAACAACAGAAAUAAUUAAGCGACGAGAUGUUGGCCCAUAUGGAAUCCGGUCAGAGUACUGUAUAAGAAAAAUUAUUUGUCCCAUUGGUGUACCAGAGGCUCCAAAAGAAACUCCAACACCCCAGAGGAAGGGACUGCGAUCAAGUGCACUAAGGCCAAAAAGACCAGAAACACCCAAGCAAACAGGCCCUGUUAUAAUUGAAAGUUGGGUAGCAGAGGAGGAAUUGGAACUGUGGGAGAUCAGGGCAUUUGCUGAAAGGGUGGAGAAGGAAAAGGCACAGGCAGUUGAACAACAGGCUAAGGUUAGUGAACAGAAGAAGGCAGAGGAGUUCAAGGCCCAAUUGGAGGCUCAACUAAAACACCAGCGGUUGGCUGCCCAGCAGAAACGGCUGGAACAGCAGAAGCAGAUACCUGCACCAGGUGUGGCCCCUGCAGUCACUACAGCCAGCAGCACUGCAACUACUGUCUCAACGCCACAGAAAGUUGUGGUAGGCCCUUUAGCGGGCCCAGUCCCCACUGGAACCAAAGUAGUACUUACUACAAAAGUGGGUUCUCCAGCUACAGUUACAUUCCAACAGAACAAGAAUUUCCACCAGACUUUUGCUACUUGGGUUAAACAAGGCCAAUCUUCAACAGCCACUAGCACAGCUGCCACUUCAGCCACAACCAUUGCCAGCACAGGGCAGACCUUCCAGAUCUCAGGCAGUCCAGUAACGAUGGCAGGGAAAGUGAUAACUAAGCUGCCACUCCCUGCAAACAGCAAGAUUGUUGCCGUCAAUGUGCCAUCAACUCAAGGAGGUGUUGUUCAAGUUCAGCAAAAAGUAUUGGGUAUCAUUCCAUCAACUACAGGUGCAAGUCAAACAUUUACUUCAUUCCAGCCAAGGACAGCAACUGUAACCAUUAGGCCAAAUACCACAGGGACAUUAGGAACAACAAGCACUUCACAAGUAGUGCAAGGAACACCACUCCGCCCUGGUAUGACAGUAAUACGGACACCACUUCAGCAGUCAACGCUUGGAAAGACCAUCAUUCGAACACCGGUAGUGGUGCAACAAGGUAUUCUUCCAGCCAGUCAGACACAGCAAGUGGUGACUCAAAUAAUCAGGGGUCAGCCUGUCUCCACAGCAGUUUCUAGUACCAGCACAGCUUCUUCCAGUGCUGGACAGAAGACUGUCACAAGUCCUGGAACACCACCUCAGCAAGUACAGCCACAAACCACACCGCAGCCCCCUCGCCCCCAGCAGGGUCAAGUGAAACUCACUAUGGCCCAACUGACCCAACUAACGCAAGGACAGGGUGGCAGUCAAGGAUUAACUGUGGUAAUUCAGGGACAAGGUCAAACUACUGGUCAAUUACAAUUAAUCCCUCAGGGUGUGACUGUAAUACCUGGUCCAGGACAACAGCUUAUGCAAGCAGCUAUGCCAAAUGGUACAAUUCAGAGAUUUCUUUUCACCCCACUACCAGCAGCUGCUACUACAGCUAGCACAACUACAACAGUUUCUACUUCAACCUCAGCUGCUGGGGAACAUAAGCAAGGUCUACAGGCACAGCCAACAUCAGUGCUGCCACCAGUUCAGCCACAGCCUCAGAGUCAGCAGCAAGCCCAGACUCAAGUGCAGAAUCAGAGUCCUCAGCCUGCGCCGCUGGCCCAGCCACAGGCACCUCAGCCAGCACUUCAGCCUGAAUCUCAGACCGAGCCUGAAUCUCAGACUCCGGCGUCUGUUGACUCUCCAGUCACACCCGAAGCACAAUCGUCGAAAUCUCCAGUUCAGUCUCCAGCACAGACCCAGGCUCAAGGGCAAUCUCCAAUGCAAGUCCAGAGUCAGCCGCAGACUGCAGUCCUUCCACAAGGCCAGUCCCAAGUCCAGCCUCAGCAACCAGCUCAGGUGCAGACUACAACCCAACAACAGAUUCAGAUGCAGCCCCAUGCUCCCAUACAAAUUCAAGCUCAGCUGCAGCAAUCACAACCUCAGGUUCAGACUUCAGUCUCAACCCUUCCAACUACUCAAAGUUUAAAUCAGGUUCCUGUGCAAUCCCCAACUCGUCCUCAGCUGCAACUUCAGCAGCCUCCAACAAAAGUUAUUACAGUGCCUCAGCUUCAGCAACAAGUCCAAGUUCUCUCUCAGCUUCAGUCACAUGUUGUGGCUCAGAUACAAGCCCAACAAGGCAGUGUGCCCCAGCAGAUCAAGCUUCAGUUACCUAUUCAGAUCCAACAAACUAGCCCAGUACAGGCUCACCAGAUUCAGAAUGUGGUAACAGUUCAAGCAGCUAGUGUUCAGGAGCAGCUGCAGAGAGUUCAGCAGCUCAGGGAGCAGCAACAGAAGAAAAAGCAGCAACAGAUAGAAAUUAAACGUGAGCACACCCUUCAGGCUUCUAAUCAAAGUGACAUUAUCCAGAAACAGGUGGUUAUGAAACAGAAUGCUGUCAUAGAACACUUGAAACAGAAGAAGACACUGACUCCAGCUGAGAGGGAAGAAAAUCAGAGAAUGAUUGUGUGCAACCAAGUGAUGAAAUAUAUUCUGGAUAAGAUAGACAAAGAAGAAAAACAGGCAGCUAAGAAACGAAAGCGAGAAGAGAGUGUAGAACAGAAGCGUAGUAAACAGAAUGCUACUAAGCUCUCAGCUCUGCUUUUCAAGCAUAAAGAACAGCUGAAAGCUGAAAUAUUGAAAAAAAGAGCACUUCUAGACAAAGAUCUACAAAUUGAAGUGCAGGAGGAGCUAAAGAAAGACUUGACUAAAAUUAAGAAAGAAAAAGAAAAAGCCCAGGCCGCUGCUGCUGCAGCUGCAGCUGCUGCAGCCGCAGACGCAGCCGCACCACCGCCACCACUGCCACCACCACCACCACCACAGCAACAUGCAUCCAGCGUCACUUCUUCCUCCUCCACCACAGUCCCAAUGCCAGUAUCCUCCCAGAAAAGAAAGAGAGAUGAGGAGAAAGAUUCAUCAGCUCCCAAGUCCAAGAAAAAGAAAAUGAUUUCUACUACCUCAAAGGAAACAAAGAAGGACACAAAGCUUUACUGCAUCUGUAAAACGCCUUAUGAUGAGUCUAAGUGA